AUGAUCUUGAUUGAUGGGUUUGCACAUGUGGUGGAUAGACAGAGUUUCCAGAGGCUUGCAGAAAAAGUGUUUGUUGAUGACAUCACCUGGGCGAAAAUUGUUACUCUGAUCUGUGUUGUUGGGAAAACAGUUGCAAAGAUUCUUGCUAAUUCAGUCCCAGGUAUUGUAUCUUGGACAUUGGAUUACUUCCAGAAUAACCUACAGAACUGGAUCUGCAGUAUGGGAGGAUGGAUCAACAGUAGCUCUUCCUUGGCUCAUUACUCGUUUGAGCGAGAGUUUGGUUCCUUAUCAGAAAUCAGGCUUACUGACCAGAUCUCCCUCUCCUCUGGUGUCCUCCUCAUCAGUGCAGUGCUGAGUGGCUUUAUCAUCUGGAGAAUAACCAGAGGUGACUGAUGAGGUUCAGUGGAGGACUGAUGAAGUGAGAAAAGGAGGAAUGCUGGGAUUCACACAUGCAACAGACUAAAAAAUAAAAAUAGUUUGGUGAUCAAAUAUAGAAGAGAAUAAUAGGAAUAUUAUGCACAGUGAGAAAGGGUGUAAAAUAAUAUAAUAUAUAGUAUAUGAUCAGACAAGGGUUACAGACUGUGAUUUUGUCACCUCUCAGUCCAUGUGAGAAAGACAAAGAAUGAGGGCACUUUCAUUUAAGCACAUCCAGAAUGGGACGUACAGUAUAGCAAUAACCAGCAAGAUUUUAAACCUCCUAGAUACUGUGCCAGGAGGACUGUUCACUGUCAUUUUAGUGACAUUGUUAUUAACCUCUACCUCAUUUUCACUAGUGCCAUUGUUUUAACUCCAUGCAUUCUGUUGUCAGACCAACUUUUAAUAAAACGAAAUCUGAUCUCAUCCGGGC